AACAAGGUUUUGCAGACUUUCCACAAACAAAAGAGGGAAUGAAUGCUCUGUGGGAUGACUACUCCAGCGGCAGUAAGGACAGACGGCGCCUCCUGGAGAGCAGGUACGGCCGCUGUAACCUGGUGGUUACCAUGGAGAGCCGCCUCAGUCAGGAAUGGAUUGCCGUCACCUGCAAGAACUGUCCUUACUGUUUCUCCAGGAUAGAGAAAAAUGGUGGAUGCAACCGAAUGACAUGCUCUCGGUGUAGCCGGCAAUUCUGCUGGGCCUGUCUCACCAAACUAACCUAUGAGAAUAAUCAUCAACACUUCAGUCAUGACAGUCCCUGCACUAUAUGGUUUUGUCAGGAUUCCCACCUCCGCUUUCAGGGAAACAGCGUUCAGUCGUUCAUCCCCGUCCAGAGAGGAUUCACUGACCCCUAA